AUGUGUCGACGGAAAGGAAUUUCCCUUUUCCAGAUACCAAUACUGCUAAUAUGCACGGGAUGUUUUGACUCUCAUGACGCUCUGGCCGCCCUCAGUCUUUCCGGUCUAGCCCAUCUAGCUGGUCUGCUAGGUGCUCGAGUAGUGCUGAACUCCCUUCGUGCCACGGAGAGCCACCUUUUAGCCACUAAGCUCUUGUAUCCCGAAAUCCCGCAAGAUGUCCUACAUCGGCAAGAUCUUCGUGCUCAGGGCCGGUGGAAUCGGAUAAACGAUGAUCUGACCUCCACGCCGACUUUUGCCAAUGCGGCGACGGGAGCAUUAAAUAUACAGCUGCCUAGUUUCGGCUGGCCCCGAGGCAAUCUUUUCUCCGAAGCUGCGCCAAAAAUGGCUCGCUCUGUCAGAGAUUUCCCAGUGCUAGUAGAGGUAAUUUUUAUCCAUUUAUUGCUACUUUGA